AUGCAGCAGCGGUGCGGGACUCUGAGGCCAGGUCCCCCCCCAGGGUCUUCCCCCCUCCCCCCGCCAGCCGUCAGCAAGUGCGGGCGGGUGCGCCGACCCCUCUACCCACACGUCCAUUGGGCGGCGCCGCCAUCGCUCUCCGCUCAGCAACACCGCCUUCUUCGCGGCCAAGCUCCGAUCCCCUCCCCCGCCACUCUCGCCCCUCCCCGUCCUGGGAGCCUUUCAUUGGACGGGGGCGCGGUCGAUCCGCCUCGAGUGAGGGAGACGAUUGGACGCGAGGCCUUCGGGCCGCCCCCAGCCUAUUUGGAUUGGCUUGCGGCACGUUGGCGCAACGGAAGAGGCGGCCGGCGGAGGGGGCGCUUCAGCUUGCGCUGGACUGCCGCGGAGGAGGCGACGAGGGUUUCGGCGCUGGGGGACUGGCUGGCGCGGCAGCGGUGGCUGCUGCGGAUGGGAGCGGCCCGGCUCGGCGUGCCCAUGGAGCGCCACGGCAGAGCGGCCGACACCUCCGCCUCAUCGGCGGGGGAGCCGGGGCCCGAAGGGCCUGAUGGGCGGCGGCGGGAGCUGCGGCGCCGGGCGAGUAGCGCGUCGGAGCCCCCCGUCGGGUCCUCUGCCUCGGCUUCGGCAGGGGGCAUUAGGCGAAACCGGCCCGGCUCCUACAGCGGCGCUCCCUCGGUCUCCCGCCAGCGUGUGGAAAGCCUCAGGAAGAAGCGGCAGCUUUUUCCAUGGUUUGGCUUGGAUAUUGGUGGAACCCUGGUUAAGCUGGUUUAUUUUGAACCCAAAGACAUCACUGCUGAAGAAGAGGAGGAAGAGGUGGAAAGUCUUAAAAGCAUUCGGAAGUACUUGACCUCCAAUGUGGCUUAUGGGUCCACAGGUAUUCGGGACGUGCACCUGGAGCUGAAGGACCUGACUCUGUGUGGACGCAAGGGCAAUCUGCACUUUAUACGCUUCCCCACUCAUGACAUGCCUGCUUUUAUUCAGAUGGGCAGAGAUAAAAACUUCUCGAGUCUCCACACUGUCUUUUGUGCCACUGGAGGUGGAGCGUACAAAUUUGAGCAGGAUUUUCUCACAAUAGGUGACCUUCAGCUUUGCAAACUUGAUGAACUAGAUUGUUUAAUAAAAGGAAUUUUAUACAUUGACUCAGUUGGAUUCAAUGGACGGUCACAGUGCUAUUACUUUGAAAACCCUGCUGAUGCUGAGAAAUGUCAGAAGUUACCAUUUGAUUUGAAAAAUCCAUACCCUCUGCUUCUGGUGAACAUUGGCUCUGGGGUUAGCAUUUUAGCAGUAUAUUCCAAAGAUAAUUACAAGCGGGUCACGGGUACCAGUCUUGGAGGAGGAACUUUUUUUGGUCUCUGCUGUCUUCUCACUGGCUGCAGCACUUUUGAAGAGGCUCUGGAAAUGGCAUCUCGUGGAGAUAGCACCAAAGUGGAUAAACUAGUUCGAGACAUUUAUGGAGGGGACUAUGAGCGGUUUGGACUGCCGGGCUGGGCUGUGGCAUCGAGCUUUGGAAACAUGAUAAGCAAGGAGAAGCGAGAGGCUGUCAGUAAAGAGGACCUCGCCAGAGCGACGUUGGUCACCAUCACCAACAACAUUGGCUCAAUAGCAAGAAUGUGUGCCCUUAAUGAAAAUAUUAACCAGGUGGUAUUUGUUGGAAAUUUCUUGAGAAUUAAUACGAUCGCCAUGCGACUUUUGGCAUAUGCUUUGGAUUAUUGGUCCAAGGGGCAGUUGAAAGCACUUUUUUCGGAACACGAGGGUUAUUUUGGAGCCGUUGGAGCACUCCUUGAGCUGUUGAAGAUCCCCUGAUCACCUGGGGAGGGGUUCCUGGAACAUGGCACAAUGGGAUCUGUGAACUUUUGUUUCUUAAGAGACUUACUCGAUUUUGAUUGUGUACUACCCAAAUCAAAGCAAGGAAGGAUGAGUGUAUUUUUCUAAGUCCUCGAGAUAAAUCCUUAAGAAUUCAGUCUAAACUAGUAACCAGUAAGGAAGGAUACAUAUACAAAAAGCUGGCCAUGUCCACGGCAGUGAGCAUUUGCUGUAUUUAAGUUGCUCUUCAGUAUAGCUUUGUUAAACCUGCCAUGUGUUUUUGAAAUUCAGUGUCACUUACUGGGAGCCACUUCAGGGGAGAGCUGUUCUGUGUUCAGCUGACUGGUUUUGUGUCCUGUUGAACUUGCUAAAUGUAAGGCAAGUACUGUAUGUUGUAAUCUAAUCACAAUGUUGUCACUAUGGCCUUGGAGAUCAUUAUCUGUGCAUUAACUCUGGUGUUCAUUUCGCCUUUGUGUGAACAUACCGAAAAACAUGUUUUAUUUAAGGUUCCGCAAACUUGAUUGGGGAGAGUAAUUCUGUACUUGUAAUUUUGGCAACUGAGCAAGCAACUUGUAGAAGGUCAGUUCCAGGUUACCCAACACUACAGAUUCUGGGAAGGUGUAUCUGGAAAGAUGGGACUUCAUCUACCCUGGGAAGAAUUUCCUUGGUGGAGGUGGGUGGGUAGGAGGUAAUUUUGACAGAAGUGAAUUAAGCUAGAAGAAAAAGUGCACCUGGAAGACUAAAACCAGACCUCUCGAAUGGACAUUUUCAGGGAAUCAGGGAGACUGUGGUUGUUUCGGGUUGGUAGAAAGUGAGGAAUUGAAGUCUGUUGAUUAACUCCUGGGGGUGCAGGGUGUGGUACUUCUGCCUUCCCCUCCCGCUCGGGUUUUGCUUGCCAGAAGCUGCCAGGCCGGGAGGCUCUGAGCGUGUGUGGCUCAGAAGGUGGCUUGAGGAGUCUUGGUAGAGAUUUAAGAUGGAGUCUUGGUAGGAUUGACAUAAACUAUUUUCUUUCUGCUGUGCAGAAUAAAUUUAAAAACCCUUCCCCUUGCAGAUAGAGCAUUGUUUGAGUCUUAUUUUGUGUAUUUUUGUGCCUGCAUCUCUGUUGAAGGACAUGAAGAGUCUGUAUAAAGCAGCCUUUGAACUAGAAGGAAACCCCCAGGCUCUGUAGCCUCCUUGCGCCUGGCGGGGACCUGGAGGGAAAGGUUCUCAGGGUGCAGGGCAAGGCUGGGUCACCAAAGGAGGAGGUCAGAUCCCUCGGCACCCUUUGUGUUGGCCACGUGGGGGCAGCAGAGGCACGUGCCAUCUCUGGGACCGAGGGCAGGGAGUGGCCAUUUCUCAAAGGCGCCCCUUAAUGCCCAUGGGCACCAUUGGGUUAUGUGCGCUGUCAAUCCGGUGCAGGCCAGCAGAGCUGGAGGGAACUGUGGGAAUGGGACUUGUGGCUCCCAGGAGCCAGUCAGCCUCUCUUCUGCUGCUGGCCCUUGUCCUCAGCUUGAGUCAUCUCUAAUCUUGUCCCUCAGCGCUUGGUGGCUUCACCUUCCCUACGGCCAUGAAAGACCAUGUCACUACCCAGCCGCUGAUAUACAGUCGUGCUCCUGGGAGCCCUUGGUGCAUUCCCCCCCCCCCCCCCCGCUCUUCUCCAGAGAAGGAAGGGGAGGGAGGGAGCCUCCUUCUCCGUUGGAGACCCAGCCUCCUGUGCUGGGGUCCCCUGCUCUCCCCACACGUACUGUGCUCAUGAGGCUGUGACCAGUGCUUACAUGGCUGGUUUCAUGCAGCGUUUGUUUACCCUGCAGUUUAACAGGAACAAACCUGCCCGAGGUCACACAGUUAAGACCUGGGCAGAGCCCCUUCCCGCCUAAUGUUCACCUUCCGUUUCUGCAUCCCUGCCACUUCCUGCUCUUGAGAGGCCGCCUCUGUGACUCCUCUGCACUUUGUGCCCAGCCCACACUGUCACUACCUGGGAGGGUGCCUCAUCAGUCACCAGUGGGUCAUUACUAAGUCUAAUGGACAUUUCAGGUCCUCCUCUUCAGUUCUAACACAGCAGACCUCUCUUGCUGUUCUUUCGCCUCCCAGGCCACUGCUUCUCUGAGGACAGAUCUUGCCAGCCCCCGGGUGUAAUUCUGGACCUCCCUAAGCGGUUGUCAGCCCUGGACAUUGAUUUCCAAGGCAGCGGCCCCUCUCAGCCCUUGCCUUUGAGUUGUAGCCCCAGGGCAGUGACUGCCUUCCCAUCUUAACAGUGUGUGUCCCCAAGGCCAUCUCUGCACAGGAGUUGCCCACAUUCUCUUCCCGGAGCCUGAUCCCAGUUUACUUCACUACCUCUGGCUUGUGAGAUGCAUGUAAACUCCGUCUCCUGGCACCACUGCCAGCCCCUGGUGGAAGCUACUGUCCCCUCCCAGCAGCGUCCCUUCCAGUCUGCCCUCCAUGAGGUAGCCUGAGGGUCUCCCCACACCCCCUUCCUCCCACACUAGAGGCAGUGUGUGUCUGUGUGGGUGGCUGUGGUUAUGGCCCAGCUGGGAAAGGAAGGUGGCCUAAACCAAGAUCGGAGCAGUAGCCAAAGGCUUAGAGGACUGGGAUGUGGUGACUGGAUAGUGGGGAGGGGAGUCUAAGGCACCCAGGCUUGUUGGGAGGCUUGGUUUUGGACUGUGAUUUUGAUACCAAAAAGGCAGCUGAAUAUUUGGGUUGGAGAUUACAGACCUGCAAAUGAAGUGUAGCUAGGUGGGAAUUUAGUGACACUGAAGGUGGAGUGAGAAUAACGAGAUGGGCAGAGAAGGAAGAGGCUGCAGACAGUGGUCUGAGAAGGGGCUAGUGGGGCCUGAGGGAGAGGAUUUCUCUAGGGAUCUGCGUUCAGAGGAGGUUUAAGAAGUUGUCCAGGUUUGUUGCAGGGUCAUGGAUGGCCUUGAGGGGACAGUUCCCCCAAGCUAUGGGGCCAGAGCUGACCUGCAGGGGUCCUCGUGAGGGGUGGUGAGGAGAAAUAGUAGUCACCACAGGAUGACUUUGGAGUCUAGUUGUUUUUUUCCUCCUAACAGAAUAGUUGGUAUUUCCAAGCCUGAGAUGUAGCUAGAGGGUGGGAGGUGGGCUAGUUCCACCACUUGAACUCCCUGGAGCACUAGUUCCUGAAUUUGUGAGACUGCUGGUGUGUCCAGUGGCAUCUGCAGUGCUGAGGCCAGGGAACGGGGUGGGGGGGCGCGGGGGGGGGGUUGCGGGCAGGUGGGUCCUUGGCUGCCUCCUCCCUCAAUGUGACCCGGUGCUCUGCUCCUCACCCCUGACCUGCACCCCACCCCACUGGAGGGUGCAGGCCAGAAGCUCCUUCAUCACAAUCACAUGUUGCCAUCGACCAGCUCAUUUUGAUCAGAGCCACUUACCUUGACUUUUCCAUUGCUACACAGGCUUAAGAGGGGUGUAGGUGACCUCAGGCCCCUCCUGAGUUGAAGGGUACAUGCUCAACACAAAGUAUUUUCAAAACUUGCUUUUUACUUACAUUUAGGUUAAUUACAUGCAUAUUUUGUUUUUAAAACAGGAGUAAUUAGCAAAAAAUGCAUUAAAAUUUUAAAAUAGCAAUUAAAUAUACAAAAAUAUAGCUUACAAAAAACUGCGAAUGUUUAAAAAUAUUCUGCUGCAGAAUUCUUAGUGUACAAACACGUCUAUGAAACCCGAGGCUCAGAAUUUCAUAAACCUUUUUUUUUUUUUUUUUUUUUUUUUUGGGGGGGGAAGUUAUACAAUAUCUAGU